GGUCCCGGCUCGCACGGCCGUGCCCUCCGGCGGCCGCGGCGAAAGAGAUGCGGCGGGGAGCUCUGCGAGGGCUGCUGCUGGCGGCGGCGCUGUGCGGGGCGGCGGCCCGGCCCGCGGCGGCCCCGCUGCUGUGUAACGUGAGCCUGGACAGCCCGGCCGAGGAGCGGUGGCUGCCGGUGCUGCGGCACUUCGAGCCCGCCUUCCUGCGCGCGGCCGUCGCCCGGGUCAUCGACGAAGCCGUACCGAAAUGGUUCCACGACGUCAUUCGUCCGAUAGCGGCGGAGCUGGAAUCCUUCAUGCCGCAGCCCUUUGCUGGCGAAAUUCGAGGGCUGUGCGAGGCUUUGGGGGUCAGUCUGGGCGACGGAGUGCUGCUCAACUUCGCCUACGAAUCUACGGCGUUUUGCACAAGUAUUAUCGCUCAGGAUGAUAAAGGAAACAUUUACCACGGACGGAACCUGGAUUAUGAUUUUGUAGAUAUAUUAAGCAAGAUUACCAUCGAUGUGCAGUUUAUAAGAAGUGGUCAGAUAGCAUAUCGAGGCACUACGUUUCUUGGCUAUGUCGGUUUAUGGACUGGGCAAAGUCCUCACAAGUUCACAAUCUCCGGUGAUGAACGAGAGGGUGGUAGCUGGUGGGAAAAUGCAAUAGCUGCAUUUCUGAAUCGAAAUUACCCCGUCAGCUGGCUUAUCCGAGAUACCCUGAGCAGAGCAGAGGACUUUCAGUCAGCUGUUCUCAGACUAGCUGACAUUCCCAUCAUUGCUGAAGUUUACUAUAUUGUAGGAGGCGUAUCACCCAAAGAAGGCAUGGUCAUAACAAGAAAUAGAAGAGGGCCAGCAGACCUCUGGCCUCUUGAUCCUUUAAGUGGAGCAUGGUUUCGUGUGGAGACAAACUAUGACCAUUGGACUACCCCUCCUCCUUGUGAUGACAGAAGAACACCAGCCAUGAAAGCUCUCAAUGCUACUGGACAGCAGAACAUCAAUUUAGAUACACUCUUCCAGGUACUGUCAGUGAAACCAGUCUUAAAUAAUAACACAGUGUAUACUACAGUAAUGAGUGCUGCAUUUCCAGAGAAGUACCAGACAUGGAUCAGAACUACGAAGUGAGGAGGAGUAAAUAACAUGCUGCAAACUGAAUAGGAGAAAAGUAGAAGCUUUCCAAGACCAGCAUAUGCUUUUAAAAACACUCCCAAAAGCAGUACAGUUGUUUCAGAUUACUAACUGGGCGAACCAUUCAGGCAAUAAAGACUUGUUAGUACUUUAAAGUGUUGCAGAUGAUACUGUUAAUGAAUUGUAAUGGAAGUUUGAUUUUAUUUUAAUUAUAUUGAUGUUCUAGCAGAUACUGAUAGCUAAAAUUUGCUAUUAUUGUUUUUGGGAAGAAUUGUGCAAUUUGAAUAUACUCACGUUCUGACCAAUAAAUAAAAAGUUGAUCUAUUUUGUGUGGAGUGUAGGUGUGGACACAGUGAAAUAAAAAUAUGCGGCUGAUUGCUUGAUUUAUGGAAACCUGUGGUGUUACUGCUAAUGUCAUCUAUAUCUGACUUGUAUGGAGUCUGUGGUCAUUAGCCCAGCAGCAUCACUCAGUGCCCACAGUGAGCUGACAUGGGUGCUGCGGAAGCUGGCAGACCAACAGGGUUGCUGCAGAUCCUGAGACUGUCUCAGCCUUUGGCCAUCCUGUCCUAAUGUUGUCUGUAGACCUUGCUCAGCACAAAAAUUACUGCAUCAGUGCAAAGGAAUGUGACUCUCCUCGGUGUGAAUACUGCUGCAGGUAUCUUUCCUCUUCGGCUGCAGUUCUCCAGUGCACAGGCUCUUCAGCUGUUAUUCCCGGGCCUCUGAAAGGUGUCUGAGAGUCAUGUAGUCACAUGGAGGUUCCCAAGUGAUUUGAAGAGUACUUGUCCUCUAGUAGUAGGUAAGGUAUUGGAUCAUAGAGACUUUCAGUCUGUAUAAGGAAUAAUUUUUUGGUGUAAUGUAAGGAAAUGGAGCUAGGAGUAGCUGUGUGCAUAACCGUAGGCUACUGUGCUUUUACUUAUCAGAAACUGGGAGUUGUUUAAAGAGAUGUGAUGAUAAAGACUUCUGCUCCCUAAUAGAUGAGAGAAGCUUGUGCUGGAAUAGCAAAUGAGUUUAAGAAACGGUGUCAUCAAUGGAAACUUGACAACUCACUUUUUCUGGUGCAGACAGGUUUAUUUCAGUCUGGUUAUGCUAUGACUGCAUACUUUGAAUUGAGGCACUUCCUGCAAACAUCCAGAAAUACAGAAGGAUUUAGAGAGUUGAGACCGAUGGAUGCCUACAUAAAGCUAUUGGGGUACUGGAUAAAACUGUGGUAAAUGCCUGCAAGAAUUUUAUCUAGGCGACAUUCUUGAAUAUGUGCACUUCAUUUGCAGUGGUUGUACUCCAGUUAUGCAAACUAUUCCUGAGAGAGCAUUCUGGAGAUGUGGUCCCUUUAUCUCCUUGCACUGACUCUGGCUGAGUGUCAUAACCUACUUACCUGCAUCCUCUACUUCUGCCUGGAUAAAUGCGUGCCAGCUUUGCCUUGACCCAGUUAGUACAGCGAUGUUAGCAAUUGUAUACCAGAACUGAUAAAAGCUGAAAAACAGGUGUUUCCCAGAGGAAGAUGUAAAUAACAGAGGCCAGGAUAUCUCCAAGAUAUCGAGAUGGCAGUGCUUUAAUUCACAGAGCAGUCCCUGACUCCUCAUUCCAGCAGGUUUUCGUUAUGUAACUGCCACCCACAAGCAAAGACGAAAUGAUCCUCACAGGUAUAAUUUUGCAUAGUCUUCUUGACCUCAGCAGUGUUAGGCUGAUUACCUUCUGGUAAUGGCAUGCUGGGAUUCUCAGUGAUUUAUAAAAUGAUACCAAUGUAUUUGUUUAAAUGUAUACAAACAGAUCAGAGUGUAUAAAUAUUUGGGAUCCGUGAAUUUUCAGCAAAAGUUGUCCACUCCUGUGCAUGUCUAUCAGUUGUUCAGAAGUUGCUCAGGCUCACCCACGGCGCAUGUUAUUGGGGGAAAAAAAACAA